AUGGCAGAUAUGGAUUCAGAGAAUCGCGAUUCCGAAACGCAGAUGCGAAAUAACUCUGGUGAUGACGCGCGCACAGAAUUCAACGCUGCGGUAGAAGAGCUCCUCAACACCAUCCAGAACAAGUUUGCUGGUGUAUCUUCAGAAAUAUUUGCGAAGCUGGAUGACAUGUCAUCAAGGUUGGACAAGCUGGAAGCAGAACUACGCGAAAAUAACUCCAAAGACAACUCCUCCAAGCCAUAG